UAUAAAACUAGCCAUGGAGACUCAGUAGGUUUGCCAAACCAACUAGCCUAAGGGGUCCUAUAAAAAAAUUUCCCAAAAAGCCCCUCUCUCUUUUCCUAUUCUUCUUCUUCUUCUUCUUCCCGUCAAAAAAUGGCCAGAAGCUCUCAGUCUAGAAGAUCUAGCGGACCAGUCCUUCGUUCUCUUUCACCAUGUGGAAGAUUUCCUACAUCAUCAAUAUCAUCAUCGUCAUCAUCGGGAUUUGCAUCUUCAACAACAAGCUCAAGUUUUUAUUCUCCGGCUAGUGCCGCUUUUUUCAACCCUAGCAAUACCCAUAGAUCUGCUUCACCCACGCGUGUCAACCUCUUUACCACAUCAAUUCCUACUACUUCAUUUCGUGUCUCUAUUGGUCGAUCUAGCUCUCCUAAUCGCUCUAUAACCGUUACCAAACAGCACCAGAAUAAUAAUAAAAAAACUUGUAUGUGUUCUCCUACUAUGCAUCCAGGUUCAUUUCGAUGCAGUCUACACAAGAAUAGUAAUAAUAAUAAUAGUCAUAGUGGUUUGGAUUCCUAUACGCCUAAUCGGUUGAACAUGAGGCGAUCGGCGAUGAAGAACUCGCUCGUGAGGAUUGGUGGCGUCGAGGGUGAAUGGGUGAAGAGAGCGUUAACGGCAUUAAUUAGGCCGUCUUCGCAUCAGCAACGGCGUCGGUGUGAUUUCCAGCCUAGACCAAGCCGGCUGUCCAUCAUGGCAAAAGCUGACGAUAUCAUCUGAUUUGAUUAGACUCUAAAACAAUAGAUUAUUUGUUUGUGUCGGACAGUACAUUGAAGAGAAACAUCCUUUGUACAUAUCCAUUCCUGUGGAAGGAGAUUUUGGCACUUCUUUUAUUUUUUAAAA